UAGCUUCCAACCCUCCCUAUGCCGCCACAUGCACCCACUCGACACCAUUGCCACCUUUGGUCCUAGGUUCAUUUGAAAACUCACGGCCGCCAUCACAUCCACUCCCACGAUGGGCCCACCAAAGACCGACAACCUCGCCAAGAAUCUCCUCUCUCGUCGAACCGAACGUCAGCGGUUUGAUUCGGCUGAUUGGGCCAUGACGUUGCCCAUGAAUUCUGCAGUCAAGAAGGAGGUCCUGCAUACGUCACCCGGUGCCGACUCGCACCGCGCCGCCGUCCCGCUCAAGGACUACGACGCCGCGUCGUCCACAUCUUUUGCCUCGUUGAAAAUCUCGCCCCACUUGCCCAAACCCACUACUUGUAGUCCUUCGCCAGUUGUACAACCGUAAUAUUAUAUGCGCAGUCAUUUGGAUUCGUUCGACUUUCAGCUUAUAAAGGCCAUCUAAAAGGAUGCUUUCCUUGAUCGAAUGAUCUUCGUCGUCCUCAACUACGGGUGAUGAUGUGCAUGGGGGUGGAAUUCCACGGGCGCCACCACCGG